UAAAAAAAACUUUGUGUUAAGACAAAGAAAAGAAAAGUCCAUCUGUGUCUUUGGUUUUGUGCUCGCACAAUCCCCAAUGGCUUAUUCAAAUUCAAAUGCAAACAUUGUGGGACUUUUAUAAAACGUUUCUUUCAGGUCAAACCUAACCCAACACCAUUGUCAAACACCUAUCUUCACUAUAAAGAUAUAAACUUGGCUCCCAGAAAGCUCUAAACUUGAAAGCAACCCAGAAAGGGAAAGAAAAAAACAUGGCUGAUUCAAGAAAAGAGAAUGAGUUGUUGGGCGAAAAUAAGGAAAACGUGGACACUUUCUCAUGUUCUGUCUCCGUUAAGAAAGGAGAGGAUAAAGAGAAUGUCUCGCCGGAGAAAAGCUCGACGUCUGUGGAAACUCGGAAACAAGAUCGAGCUUUGAAGUCUCAAUCGAUGAAGGGCAAUUCCGGGUUUCCUACGGAAGUUACAAAUUUCAAGUCUCUCUCAACGGGUGGUCGAACUGCUCUGAAGCAGACAUCGCUGCAAGCGUGUAUGCAGAUGAACAGUGAUGUCGAUAAGGGUAGUCUUGGAAUGAAAACUUGGACUAGUGUUGAUUCUGAGCAUUCUAGUUCGUUGAAAGUGUGGGAGUUUUCGGAUUCUGAAGCUGCCCCUGCUUCCUCUUGGUCUACUUUGCCCAAUAGGGCGUUGUUGUGCAAGACACUACCUUUGGAUGUGGGUAGAUGCACCUGUCUUAUUGUAAAAGAACAAUCACCAGAAGGCUUACGCGACGGAUCUGUAUAUUCACUUUAUACACAUGAAGGUCGGGGGCGAAAAGACCGGAAGCUGGCAAUGGCUUACCAUAGGAGGCGUAACGGGAAAUCUGUAUUUAGGGUGGCACAGAAUGCUAAGGGAUUGUUGUGCAGUUCGGAUGAAAGUUAUGUCGGUUCUAUGACGGCUAAUCUCAUGGGUUCCAAGUACUACAUAUGGGAUAAGGGAGUUCGAGUGAGUCCUGUAGGUAAAUUGAUGAAGCCGCUUCUUUCGGUUGUAAUAUUUACACCCACCAUAGCUACUUGGACAGGGAGCUACAGACGAAUGAGAGCUAUCCUACCAAAGCAGCAGCCAGUGCAGAAGAACAACAAUAAGCAGGUAAGUAAACUACCACUUGACUGGCUUGAGAAUAAGGAAAAAGUUCAGAAGCUAUGCUCAAAGAUACCACAUUACAACAAAAUCACCAAACAGCAUGAGUUAGACUACAGAGACAGAGGAAGAACAGGACUGAGAAUACAAAGCUCGGUGAAGAACUUUCAGCUCACACUCACGGAAAAUCCAAGGCAAACAAUAAUUCAAAUGGGAAGAGUGGACAAAGCAAAAUAUGUAAUCGAUUUCAGGUAUCCAUUUUCAGGCUACCAAGCAUUCUGCAUUUGCUUGGCUUCCAUUGAUUCCAAGCUUUGUUGUACUGUUUAAUCAUUAGACGAGUUCAAUCUCUGAACAUCCCUCCAAUGAUAUCAUCAUCAUCUGUAUUCCUUUCUUUUCUACAUAAUCAAUAUUUCAAUCUAAGUUUCACAAAACUACCUUAGUCCCUCUCAAAUCAGAUUCACCCACAAGGAAACUAUUAAAAAAAAAGAUUCAAACUUUAUUAUAUAAAAUUGUCACAAGAAUGAAUAAUCGAUGUGUCAAUAUUGAUUUUCACAACCGAGAUUC